GAGCAGCAGACAGCACGGCGAGGAGAGCGAGCGAGCGAAAGAGAGAGAGAGAGGGUGAGUGCAUGUGUGGUCAGAGAGAGAGAGGGGAGGGCUGAGAGAGACGACAGAGUGAGAGCGAUAGAGUGCUAGAUAAUGGAGGUGCAGUCGGAGUGUGUGGAGCCGCCUGUGGCCCCUCAGUGUGACCCCCAGCCAACAGGGAAGAUCAACAAAGCUGCCUUCAAACUCUUCGGGAAACGUCGCACCGGCUCUGGAAUGGCCAGCUUCUUCUCCUUCAGGAACAAAGGGGCUACCAACAGCAAUGGGAAUUCUGACAAUGGGAACUCUCUGAAUGGGAACGGAUCGGCAGCAUCGGUGGAGCUUGUUAGAAGCAAAACCCACGAUGGACUAACAAGCUCUAAUGAUGCUGAUGGAGCCAGGACGGAGGGGCUUCCCAGUCUGGAGGCAGGACCGGUGAGAUCUCUGAGUAAAUCAUUGAGUUUCUUUUCUCUACUCCGGCGUGGGAGUUUCAGAUCAAGUGAAAAUGGAGGGGCUGGGCUUGUCAGAAGAGGGAGGGGCUUAAAGGGCUUUUUCAGCAGCAUGCGAUGGCGGCGUAAAACGGAAAAAACAAACGAAGGAGAAGGGGAUGAGGCAGAGGGGAAGAGAAAUAAGGAUGGAGAUACUGCCGACUCUGAAAAGGUAAAGGAUAUAACACUAACCCUUGAACCGGCUCUGCAUCAUCACCAAGAGGAUUGUGGGAAUGCAGAGGCUGAACCUACUGUUGAGACUCCCACUACGAGUGUUACAAUGACACCUACUCACUGUGUUGCCAUGCCAGGGACGUCUGCUGAGCCAGACUCCCAUUUUCCUUACACACCCACUGACUCGCCCCUGCGUCCUCCAAUCCAGAAAGCCAAAGCAUCAAUAUCCAGCCUCACCCCCUCACUUGCUACUCCCCCUUUGGACCGCUGCAGCACAGGUGACCCACCCUCAGAACCUUCGGUGGAGCGACUCUGCUCCCUCCUCUUCACUGAUGUCACUUCUUUGAAAAGCUUCGACUCUCUGACAGGCUGUGGGGACAUUAUUGCUGAUGCAGAGGACGAGGGGCCAACGGGGAAUGGGGGAAGUGGCACCAGCAGCAGCAGCAGUGGGGGAGGAGGGAGUGUGGGUGUAAGUGUUGGGAGAGCUGUUGGUGUGUCGUCACGUGGUUCCCCUUCGAAAACUGUUCUAUCCUCACAGCUGACCCAGCCCAUGUUUUCUGUUUGCCCAAGCUCAGUGCCUUCCUCCCUCCCGGCCCGGGCCAGAGCACCGCCUCCACCGCAGCAGCACCCAGCCGGGGGUAGCGGGGUGGUAGCCUACAUGGGUGGAGGGGAAGAAAUGGCAAGCCCCGAGGGGGUUGAUGAUGCAGAUAUGCAGGGGCUCUGGCACAUGCUUCCCUCCACAGGUGAUAACUCCCCGGCUUUGCCCCGAUCCCAUCAACCUCCCUCUUCUACCCCAACUUCGACUUAUCCGCCUCGUGCCAUCUCAAGCAGCCACCUUCCCACUGCCUCAAGGAGUGUGGACCGGAAGCUUCCCUAUGAGAAGGCGCUUGGGCUCAGUAAGAUCCCAGUAGUUGGUGGAGCAGGAGGCCGGGCAGCCAAACCACCAAUCCCUCAUGCACAUGUCUGCCAUCCCAUCUCUCCAGGUGAUAAAGAGCCUCUCAGUGAUGAAGGCUACUGGGACACACCCUCAGCAACACCCACAGCAACACCCGAUGAGAGCGGGCUCCAGCGUAACCAGAACAUGGCACUAUCCCGUGACAGUUGCUCUGGAGACCACUUGUAUGAUCUCUACAAUGAUCCUGAGGAGGAAGGGGAAGGCGAAGACAGAGAUGGAAGCCUGGAAAGUACUCCCUCUCCAUCCACUGAAUACAAACUCAGCCCCACUAACCAAACAAUUCCCCCAUCCUCCUCCUCUUCCUCUUUCAGGUCCAUGAAAGGAAGCACAAGCCUUCCACGGGAGUCCAAGAUCCCAGUGAGUACCCGACAAACCUCUCCUCCCCACUCUGCAAGUCAGUCAGCCCUCUCCUCGGUUCUAGAGGCCGAAUCCCCCCCACCAAAGACCGAACCGCCACCCCCAGCUCGUACCAGAAUCCCCGUUUCCAAGGUGCCCGUCCGUCGGUCUGGGGGCAAACCCAGUGGCCAAAACAGGGGACCAGCUAACAGGAAGUAGUUUUUCCUACUUACUUACAAACUUAAGUCGACAUCCCUUCAGUGAUGUUUACGCAGAGCCAAAAGUUUUCCCAGACCAAGAAAAAUGUGGAGCUGUAGAGUUAACAGCCAAUAAAUUCCUCUCAAAUCUUUAAAGCUCUCAUUCCUUAGGUGUUUUGGCUGGAGUAGAAUAAGUGGUUUUGUUCACUUGAGAAAGUCACGAGGAGACUCCAAAAAGCUGGGUUAUCACUUCACAGCUCUUACUGGAACUUUGGAAGUUGACUCUUGACAAUCCAUGGACAAUUUUGCCUUCCUGGAAUAAAACUCCCAAUCUGCUGAGAGUUUGACAGCUCAUAACUGCACACUGCAAGAAAAAGAAGCAGAGCACCUUUUUUGUCUUUUACAUUUUUCUUAUGGAAUAUACCACGUGUCAUCACAGAAGUUUCUCCAAAGGACCUAAACCAAUCGAAGAUUUGUUCUCCCUGAGUUUGUCAUUCUGUCUAAUCUGUUACAAGUUACCUCCUAACCCUUUGAUUUUAGAGCCAAAGUAUUAAAACGACCCUAGUUAUCAUUUCACAGCAUCUUAUAGUCCUGAAAACUCCACACCUGGAAUAAUCAUCCUGUUUUUGUUUGGUUUGUGUGAAUUUUUGCUUCAGUCUUCUGACCAAACUCUGAUUUUUUAACUGUGUGCUCUAAAACAAUAAGAAAACUGUCAUUUCUUGCUAAAUUUGCAUCCUCAAAGGUGGAUAAAUCUGACAUGAUCCUUUUUUCUUGGUUUUGUUUUGAAGGACAUUUCUUCUUCAUGGACCAGGUUAUUUUAUUAUUAAUGGAUUUUAAGUUAAGCCUUUUGCAAAUGGAUCUCAUGAAUACCUAAGGCAUCACACAAAGUACAUCUAUGGGAUGUCAAUCUCUGGGAUUUACAACUAUUGAAUGACCAAUGGAAACCUACAAAACUAUUGCAAUAUCCAACCAGGAGGGAUCCUUUGCACUGAUGCUUCACUAGACACAGACCCUGUUUACGUUUGCAUUAACAUCCAAGAUGAAUUUGACUAACCAGUGACGAGCUAUGCUCAGAACUCAGUUGACAGCCUCUUAUGCAAAUAACAGGCCAAACAUAAUAUCUGUGGCUCUCAGGCUUACCGUGGUUACACCUGUCCAGCCUCGCUGGUCACUUGUCCUGAAUUGAGGAGUGGAGGAGCUUGUUGCUAGGGAUGCUAGCGUGCAGUAAAUCCACUGGGAUUACUAAUGAAUGGGGGCGAACUUAAGAGGCUAGCAGGGCCUCUUUUAAACAGCUUUUCUCCCUCAUUUUGUCCAGAAUGUGCCAUGCAAUCUUGUUGAAUGCUGGCUAGAUUGAAAUGACAGCUCAGUCCAAGACAACACAUUACCAGCAAGGCUGGAUGGAUGGAAAUAGUCAUGCUUUUGACUCACUGGUGGACUACCUCAGAUGAUGCCAUUGAUAGGGUGGUCUUUAAUCGGUACAUGUAGCGUCUAAACUAGGAAUGGGUGGUAAAAUGAGGCACUGUCCCCCAUGAUAUUUACAGUAUUGCUUUAAUUACCAUAGAGAAGAUGGUGCUGUGUAAAGAGUGCACGUUUAUAACAUCUUCCUUAGAGGUAUGUGUCUGUAGCACCAAUAUAUGAGUGUUAAGAUACCUCAAAAGUGAUCAGUUAAAUCUUGUUAAUGGCUCCAGGUCAAUUGGGUCUGAAACGUAACUCAAUUUGGCAAACUAUGAUAAAUACAUGCCAAGACCUGGCAUGGUGCAGGCACCGUUGUAUGGUCCUCUUUAAAGCCAAACUGUUACACUGCACUGCUGGUUGUAAUGUGAUCCACAGCACUGUGAGUUUAAAAACAUGCUGUUAUCUCUGUGUGUGCAUCAGUGAUGACAAAUGAGAAAGUUUAGGCUAUUAAUAAUCAUAAGUGCUGCAUGCAACAUCAGGCACAAAUAAACUGCAGACCUCUACGGUGGGGUGACCUCAAUUGUGGGGCAGGAAGUGAAAUACUACCCUGGUUUUGUUUUUAAUUAGUUUGUGUUAUUAUGAUUCUGCUAUUGCAAAACAUAGACUCUUACUGUAACCUCUGAUAGAAAAUAAUCAUCAUUGAGAAUGUCAUUAUGGUUCUGGCUUGGGUAAUGCAUGUCACUCCCUGCCCCCUGGUUGAAAUUGCCCUGUUGUAGAGGCCUACAACAGAUGUGCUCAAAACGCCCCACCAUAGAGGUCUGCAGCCAGAUCCUCUUUCAAUGGUUUUUAGAAACCUUUAGAUGUGUCUUUGCUCUUUUUGAUGUGAAAUGCAGACUCACUUAAUCUGUACUUGGUUAUUUAGGCUCAACAAUAGUCCAUUACUGUAAGCUUCCCUUACUAAGAGGAUGGAUUCACUUUAACGGAUGGAGCUCGCAAUUGAUGUGCAAUGACAAAAAAAAAAGCACGCCAGGACAUUAUUUCACAUUUCCAGAUCCUGUCCAAUAAUAGUUGUGGCAUAUUAUUUUCAUAUUUCCUCUUAAGGAGGGGAAGAAGAGACUGCAUCCAAGUUUUUGUAAAGGGAAAACUCACCGCUUGCUUGGGCAUGCUUGCAAUGCUUGCACAAUUAGUUUUUGAACAUAUGAUUUUAAUACCAUGUAUCUCGCUUAAAUUUGGAGAAGGUUUGAUGGUAUUAUAAACAGAUACCGCCCAGUCCUAGUCUACAUCACCAAACCAAUCCGGAUGUUGGCUCAAACCUACAUAUGCAGGCUGAGCUGUUGGAGAUCAGAUUGUCUUCUGUGGGCACUGAGGUGCACUCUCACAUAGCAUUAAGGAUUACCAGUUGGUAUCCUAUUACACAAACAGAUGUUAAUGCAAGGUGUAAACAGGGUCACAGACAAAAGCAACACUUGCAUACAAAAUACAACACAAUCACUGUACACAAGCAGUUUCUAUCCCUCUGCAUGCAGUGCCACAUAGGCACAAAGGUCAGGGAACAUCAUGUAAUGCUGAAUGAUAUAGUUCCACACACUGUUCAACCUUUGGCACCUUCUUUGUAGCUACACACUGGAUGUUUUCUUCUCCGAUGACACAUGCACAAACGUUUUUCUAAAUAGUACUUUCUUCUUCAUGGGUUUCAUACUGUUUUUAUGGGCUCCCCUUUCCUAAAUCAUUCUGCACAGAUCUGAAACUGUGAUCACACACCAGCUUCUUUGACUCUGCUUUGUGUUCUGAACAUGCCCUAUACGAUGAUGUGAUAACAAGGAGGCUGUCAGUCAGUGUUACUGAGCCACAAUAUGCCUAGAAGUGUUUUUUUCUUUUUAUAAAUAGGCUGUGACCCAAAAAAAAAGACAAGAAAAUUCAUUCAGGGUAUGAGAUAAGUCGAAGACUUAUGAGUCAUGGAAUUAACUAGAUCACCAUUUUCUUUUGGCUCUUUCUGAUACAGUGAUUCUCAACUGACGGGUCAGGACUUAAAAGUAGGUCGCAGAGCUUUAUUUCAGAGUGGAUUUGUGCCUGAAAAAAAAAAACUGUGGGAGGAAAGUCUACCAUCCAUGGAUGGAAGCCCUAAGUGGACAUGCAGCUGAUAUUACAGUGUUUUACUCUGAUAAAGAGAAAAAAAACUGUUUUCUCAGCCUCUUCAGUGAUCUUACUUGCUUUCUUGGGAAAGAAAAAUUAGUUUUCCAGUUAAAUUGCGUAAAUUUAUCAAAAUCUCAAGAAAACCAAACAAAAUCUACACAUUAUUAUGUCUUUGGCUGUCCCCAAAACUGUAUACUGUUUCAAUAUUCACACAAAAUGGAGGAAGUUUCAGAUUUAUACGAUUAGAUUUUAUGCACUUGAUACAUUUUCAGAUGUUUACUAGAUUGGCUAGAAAUUUAAGAAUGAAAAACAUUGUUGCACUGAACUGCCCCAUAAUGCACGGCAGCUUUCAGACUGUAAUAGUGAAGCUGGCCAGCUAAUCAGUGGCUUUAAUUUUAGGUUACUAAACUGUAAUAUGUUUGAACCCAAAGCAUGUUUUUGCUGUUUUUUUGGUAUUUUUGAUGUAAAAUGCAUAUGAAAUCUGAACGUUUUUAAAUACAAUCAAGUCACAGACAUCUAUUUUUUUUUUUAAUUUCUGGACCAUUGAGGAUGAUUUUCUCUUACCUUUCCAAACUGAAGGAUAACUAUCUUGACUCUUGUUGAUCUUUGGCUGGCCCUGAUUGGUUGUUGCCACAAAUUAAAGAAGUAAUUGGAGAAUCAGGAUUGGCUGACAGGCAGGCCGGAAGUUGUUCUCUUGCCUAAUAGCAAGACUGCUAAAUUUUCCUUAGAAGAAAUGUAAUAAAUAGUCACAUUAUCACUGAUUUAGUGAUGUGGAUUUGGAGUAUCAGAGCUCUGAAUAAUUACUGUGCUUUGCGACUGGAUAAAAAAUGUUCUAGAGGGGAUAAAAGUGCCAGGAGACGUCUGUCAAUCAGCAAAAAGGUGAGCUUUGGAUCACAAUUUACUUUACAGAUAUCCGUCUUGUGGUUGCUGAGAUAUUGUAAAGAAAGCAUGAGCUACUGCUUGGGAUCCAGCAGGGUCUGGAGGGUUAAAUACUGCCAAAUAACACUCAAAUAUUACAUAGCUGUAUACAUAAUGAGCUUAUUUAUUGUUGGUGAGCUAGCUAGCUUUUUGCUUAGCCACUGAAGCUUGGACUGGAAAUACCUAAAUGAUGACAUCACAUGUUGCAGAGAUAAAGGCCUGUUUAUUUCAGUGGAAUGAAAUACUACACAGUAUGCAGUUUUGGGCACAGGUUUCAUUUUGUCAUAUUUUGCUCCAUCUAAAGUCCAAACUUUAACUUUUUUUUAUUGAAUACAUUUGAUUAUUGAAAUCAUACGAUCUGGUUUCUCAUUAAGAAGGUGUUGGAUGAUCCUGAGGCGAGACCAGUUGAGAAUCACUGUACUAAUAGACUCUUGUUUUAAGGAACCAGAGCUGUGUGCAAAUCUGAAUGUAGCCUGACACUAUGUAGAUCAUUGGUCAGCUUUUAUUUGCCUGUCUGUUCCUUCUUUGUCCCCUGUUUGUGGGGGAGUUUUCUGUUUCCCGAGUCCCCCGUAGCUCUGAAAAAAUGAAGACUAACUGCUGCACAGUGUUGCAGCACUGCAAAGCACCACUUGUUUAAAGAAUGAGUGGGUGUAUGGCAGUCUUAAAAGGCCUUUGUCAGGGAAUCAGUGGGACAAGUUAGAGGGAGCAGAGUGUUCCCUACCCUUCAGUUAAAGAGAGUGCUUUUCAAAGAGCGCGACAUACGAGAUGAUGCAAGUUUUUCAAACCACGAGGAUAUCAGUGGCAUGAGGGCUGCUCUAGUUCAUGAUGAUUGAUCCACAGUACCGCUCCAGGUUCAGAUUUUUACCCCCAUGGUACAGUGAAAGACAGGGCAUGGUCCACCGGUAAACCACAUUUUCUCUCUUUUUUAGCUGUUAGGUCAAAGGUCAUUUGGGGAGACAUGCUCAUGUGGUGAUGUUUUCUCUGCCAACACAAUUCCCUUAUGAUUUAUUCCUGUUAUACUCUGAUCCUGAUAAAUGUUGGACAAAAGGUGGAUAACAUGGAAAGGAAUGGGUUUACAGGGCCUUUUCCGGGUGAUUGAAAUGGGAAACAGUCCAGAAGUAGAACCUAUUUCUGAUAAUAAUGACAAUGGUCUAAUGAUUGUUGACCAAAACAGCUGCCAAAAGAGUCCAGAAUAUACAUUUUCUUUUGUAGGGGAUUGGGAUAGACAAAGGAUUAACAGUUAUUACUUAAAAGAAAUUAGAUGGUUUAAUGUGACUGUUCCUUCACUUUAAAUAUCAGGUUUUUAAAAAUGGUUUUCCCAGAGAUCUGGGAACAAUCUAAUCCUAGCACUUAUAUCAUUGGAAAGCCUGUUUAUUUCCCUUUUAAAUUGAGCCACAUUUGUAAGGAGCAUGCAUUUGUGGGAUGAGCAGCAGAGCUGAGUAUGUGGGUGGCACCCAUGAAAAAUGUUCAAAGUCUUAUCUGCCAAUCCCAAACGGCUUACCCUACCAUUGACUCUUGUUUGGUGGAUGAUUGAAGUCUGAAAAAACAAGACAUAUUGGCAAUUUAACAAUUUCAUCAUUUAACAAACAGGAGCCUCAGUAGCGUGUGGAAGAACCAUACACAGCCACAACAGCCUGGCACCUCCUCCUCAUGCUGGUCACCAGCCUGGUCACACACUGCUGUAGGAUGGCAUCCCAUUCUUCAACCAGCAUUUGUCACCAGUCAGCCAAUGUGGUUAUGUUGGUUACUCUGGCACCAAGAGCACGCCCAAGCUGAUCCCACAAGUGUUCAAUGAGGUGGAGAUCCGGACUGCUGGCAGGUCAUUCCAUCCUCUCUCCUCCUAAAUUCUGAAGGUAGUCUCUGAUAAACCCUGCUCUGUGGGGGCCAGCUACAUCACCUUGGAGGAUAGAGUUCAGUCCCAGACUGUGGAGAUAUGGGAUUACCACCGGUUGCAGAAUCUAAUCUCCAUCUAUCUGUAUUAAGAUUACCUCAAAUGAUGACAAUAAGGCACCUGAUUGUCAGCAGCUGGGGGUACCAGAAGCUCAAAACAAUAGCAACAGCAGAAUAAGCUGUUUAGCACUGGCAGAGACUAGGCAAAUAUUUCCUUGGCACUACUCGCAUACUCAGCUCUGCUGCUCAUCCCACAAAUGCAUGUUCCUUACAAAUGUGGCUCCAUUUAAAAGGGGAAUAAACAGGCUUCCAAAUGGUAUAAGAUUUAUUGCCAAGACGCACUGUUACAACAAAGAACUAAUCUACCAAACACAGCUAUAGGAGCAGUUACAACUGAUUGUUUUAUGUCAUAGUCCCCUGAACACACAUUAUUCAUCCAGACUAGGAGAUCACAUCACUGCUGCCUGUAGUAACAUUACAGUGGAGAUUCCACGGACAUGAAAUCUCACAAAAACUCUGUUCUACAAACUGGUCUCCUGAUAACUGAUAACUGAAAUGUAUGUUUCUUUAAUUAAAAUAAGUGCAAAGCAAUGCUAAAUCUGUUUGCCUGUUAAUUGGCAAUGCCCAUGCUAUGUGUUAGCAUCAAGCUAAUGAACACAGAUGUACUGUACACCCUGGUCCGCUUGCUGGAAAUUUGAAUGUUCUUUGAAAUGCACACCCCUACUGAACCCUAACAGAGUUUUAAUCUGACAUCUUAUUUUAACAGAUUUGAGAUGAGAAGAUUCCUUAGGCACAUAUAUGCCACAUGGAUGUGUCUGAAUGGAGCCUGUGGUCCACGUGUCAAAGUAUGAACCUUUGGGUUCAGCAUGGAGAAUAGUUCAUAUCCCCUCUGGCUCUGUUUUUUCUUUCCCUUGUCCAGACUGAUACUUCUCUCUUCUCUUCAUUUGGGCCUUUAUUGAAUCAUCUGCUGCAAUGGAAAGCACAUGAUAUUUCCUUGUUUUUGUUACCGUCUGUUCACAGUGUGAGGUCUUUCCACUUUUCAUAUUUAAUGAAUAAAACUGUGU